AUGGGGACAGAGUUAUCAGAUAUUUUUAACUUGAACGAGCUUCAUAAUGAUGAGUCAAUCAUGCAGGAAUCCUUGAAUAACACGAACCUAAAGAUGGCUGCUAACGUGAAUAGGGCAAAAUCCAUAAGAGGAAAGCUUUCGCAAUUGCUACAUAAAGAUAGAGAAAACGAUGAGUCUGCGUCUCCGACACGAUCAAGGAGAAGUUGGUCAUUGAAGAAUCGAGUAUUUAGUGAACUUAAUGAAAACAGUUUGAAUAGAAAUAACAAUAUAAUUGAUAAAGCUAAAAAGGAUAGUUCUCAAACUAAGUUGGAAAUUGAUCAUUGGGAUAGUGACGAAUUCAAUAAGAAUGCGUCCAGAUCAUUUUUGAAAGGCUUUCAUUUUUUGCAUCGUCACGUAUCAUCAGAUUCUGUCGGUGAUAAUGACUGUGUCUACUCUACACCAAAGAACUAUUUCAGUGAAAUGAAAGAUAAGUUACAUGGUUUGAUUCCAAAACAGAAAGUUCAAGACACAGAUGCUGUUGAUGAGAAUGGGUGUGAUGAUAAUGCAGGAUGGAAUCCUGAGUUGUUCGAUACAGAAAAAAACAAAGCAACUUUAAAAGGUGAAUUGGAGCAACCGCCAGAUUCUGAAGAAGGGACAACUUUUGAGCUUGCUUCAUCAGAUAGUUACACUGAGAAACAGAAAAUUGAAAGUACUAUUCCACCAGCAACACCACCUGGGAACGAAUAUAUUGACAGUGAAAGAAAUCCAUAUAAAUUCGUGUUUGAUACACCAAAUAAAUUUUCAUAUGAUGACAGUCAAGGGCUAGAGCCAAGGGCUCUCAAUAAUUUCAAUGCCCUAUGGUCACUUCUUGUAACAGACCCUGAGAGAGACCAAAAAUUAGAGGAUGGCAUCAUGAUCACCAAAAUGAGUGAAAUAUUACUAUUCAUGGCACGCAGAAAACAGAAUAUUUUCGACGCUGAUGUUACUGACUAUAAAGAAAAACUUUUGGAAUUGCAAGAAGAGCUAGAUGCACAGAAACAAUCGAAUGACAUGUUAGUAAAAAAAGUCGAUUCACUUAUCGAAGAGAGCAGAUUCAAGGGGGAUUAUGAGAACCUUAAGGAACAGUAUAAUACUUUAGAAAUUGAAAAAAAGACAUUAGAGGAAAGGAUUAAGUCAAUGCAAAGAAAAUUGGAUGAUUUGCUCGAGUUAACUAUCCAACAAAAGACUGUUGAGACUAAGUAUCAGAAAUUACAAGAAUUUGAGGAAGAGGCCAACAAGAAUUUACAUUCAAAAUUGAAAAUUGCACAUGAGAAGUAUAAAAACCUCAAGAUAAAGGCUAACGCUCAAUCCGAAAAUAUCUUAUACUUAAAGGAUGAAUUGGCAAUAUCUAACAUUUUCAAAGAUGGAUCUCUCAAUUUUGCUUCAGAAUUAAUGAGAAAAUUCAAUGGUCUAGUGCAAGAGAAAACUUUAAUAAAAUACAAUAUUGCUUUAAAGAGACUGAUCUCCACAAUGUCAAUUAUUAAUAAGAGGUCCAUAAAUUCCGACUUGAAGUCAGAACCUCUAGAUAGACAAACUUUAUCGUCACAAAGCAACGAAUUAAGGAGCCAACUGUCGAGCUUCUUUUCAGAAACGGCAAACAGUCUCUUGAUAAAUGAAAUUGUCUUGAACUGGUCUCUCAGUAUAAGAUCUAACGAUUUCCUCAAGCAUCAGUUAAUAGAAUUGAGAAGACAGAAUUUCAAUCAGAGCAGAAAGAUAAAAAAAUUGACAAAUGAGUUGAAAAAAAUAGGGCCAACUAAGCCUCAAUAUUCAAAACCACAAGAAAGGGGGACCCCAUUUGAUAUUCCAGGAGAAAACACAGAGAUUGAUAUAUCUCAUCCGCAGGUUUCUAAAAAGAACAGUAACGACGUUCUCAUAACUCCUUUGGAUUACUAA